AUGUCUCUCAACAACAACAACAAGACCACGAUCGCCGAUGCGAUUGCCUAUAUUCCAAAAAAGCCCCCUGAUAAGGAAGGUGGUCUGCCGAAGCAGGUUGGCAACAAGACAGAGUGCGGCCUGCUGGGAUUUCUCUUGGACCUGAAGCGGGAUUACCAGCCAAUCAGAAACCAGAUCCCAGAGGAGAAGCUUUACAAAGUCUACACCUUCAACUCUUCCAGGAAGUCCAUGAGCACUGUCAUCAAAUUGCCUGAUGGGAGCUUCCGCAUGUACAGCAAGGGAGCCUCUGAGAUCGUUCUCAAAAAAUGCAGCCAUAUCCUGAGCGAUGUAGGGGAGGUGAGGGUCUUCCGUCCACGGGACAAGGACGAGAUGGUGAAGAAGGUGAUCGAGCCCAUGGCGUGUGACGGCCUGAGGACCAUCUGUGUGGCGUACCGUGACUUCUCCAGUGACCCGGAGCCCGACUGGGAAGAUGAGAACAGCAUCCUGAAUGACCUCACCGCCAUCUGUGUUGUUGGGAUAGAGGACCCUGUCAGGCCAGAGGUGCCUGAUGCUAUCUUGAAGUGCCAGCAGGCAGGCAUCACAGUUCGCAUGGUGACAGGAGACAACAUAAACACAGCCAGGGCCAUAGCCAUCAAGUGUGGAAUCAUCCACCCCGGAGAGGACUUCAUCUGCAUCGAUGGCAAGGAGUUCAACAGGAGGAUCCGCAAUGAGAAAGGAGAGGUGGAGCAGGAGCGCAUUGACAAAGUGUGGCCUAAACUCCGAGUUCUGGCCAGAUCUUCCCCAACCGACAAACACACACUCGUCAAAGGCAUUAUUGACAGUACCUUAGGAGACCAGAGGCAGGUGGUGGCUGUGACAGGAGACGGGACCAAUGAUGGACCUGCACUAAAGAAAGCUGAUGUCGGCUUCGCUAUGGGUAUCGCUGGUACAGAUGUGGCCAAGGAGGCGUCAGAUAUCAUUCUGACUGAUGACAACUUCAGCAGUAUCGUGAAAGCAGUAAUGUGGGGCCGCAACGUCUACGACAGCAUCUCCAAGUUCCUUCAGUUCCAGCUCACUGUCAACGUCGUGGCCGUCAUAGUGGCUUUCACCGGCGCCUGCAUCACACAGGACUCCCCCCUGAAGGCUGUGCAGAUGUUGUGGGUGAACCUGAUCAUGGACACCUUUGCCUCCCUGGCCCUGGCCACAGAGCCUCCCACCGAGUCUCUGCUGAAGAGGAAGCCGUACGGUCGCAACAAGCCUCUCAUCUCCAGCACUAUGACAAAGAACAUCCUGGGACACGGAGUCUUUCAGCUCAUCAUCAUCUUCACGCUGCUAUUUGCUGGUGAGAAGAUCUUUGACAUUGACAGCGGGCGUAAUGCUCCUCUCCACUCUCCUCCAUCUGAGCACUACACCAUCAUCUUCAACACCUUCGUCAUGAUGCAGCUCUUUAACGAGAUAAAUGCCCGCAAAAUCCACGGAGAGAGGAACGUCUUCGAUGGUAUCUUCAGGAACCCCAUCUUCUGCACUAUUGUAUUUGGCACCUUUGCUGCGCAGAUCAAGUGUAAUGGCUUCACGCUGAGUGACCAGAGAGGCCUUCAGGCUGUGGGUGUGGGUCUUUUCCCUAACCUCUGUCUGGUGAACCAUGACUGUUGGCCCAACUGCACCGUCAUCCUCAACCACGGCAACCAAUCAGCGCUGAGCUCUGCCCUCCACUCUCAGAGGAGGAUCGAGCUGCGAGCUGUGGGGAAGAUCUCCGAGGGUGAGGAGCUGACCGUGAGCUACGUGGACUUCCUCAGCCUGUCUGCUGACCGCCAGAAGAACCUGAGGGAGAGUUUCCACUUCGAGUGCACCUGCCAACACUGCAGCGAGAAGAUCAGUGACGACUUGAUGACGGCCACCGCAGAGAAGGACGGGAGCAAACCGUCUGCUGAUAAGGUGAAGGAGAUCAUCGCCCUCAGUAAGGAGUAUCUGGAGAAGAUUGAUAUUGCCCGUGUUGAUCGGGACUAUCAUAAGCUGUGA